AUGGAUGGUAUACUUUUAAUUGACAAACCAUCGGGAAUUACUUCGCACAAAGUGGUGGAAAUUAUUCGGAAAAAACUGGGAAUAAAAAAAGUAGGUCAUGCGGGAACUUUGGAUCCACUGGCGACCGGCUUGUUAAUAAUUAUGCUCGGUGCAGCCACUAAAGUGAGCAACUUAUUAACUGGUCAAUCCAAAACUUAUGAAGUAGAAAUGAAAUUAUUUUUAGAAACUGAUACGGGUGAUAUAAUAGGUAAAAUUAUUAAAACUCAAAAGCCACAAGUGUUUACCGAAAACCACGGCAAAAAACUGUAUCAGUAUGCUCGAAAAGGCAUUUUAAUGGAAGUUCCUCCACGGCUGGUGAAAAUAAAAGAAAUAAAAUUAUUAAACUAUUCCCCUCAAGCAGCAAAGAUAAAUUUUUUAGCCGAGUGUAGUAAAGGCACUUACAUUCGUAGUUUAGUAAAAGAUAUGGCGGAAAAAUUAGGAACCAUUGCCACCGUUAGCCAGUUAAGAAGAAUUAGUUCUGGUAAAUUUCAAGUUAGUCAAACCCUAAAUUUAGAAGAGAUAGAAAAAGAAAAGGAAUAG